AAAAGUAUAGCAGCACAAUUAAGGAAGGCGUGAGUAGAGACUUUGGUUGAAGACGGAGAGCGACUGCGGCAAUCGUCAUUAUUCGGCGAGGCGCCACCUUCUCCGCGCGUGUGUGGCGCUCUCGCAUCCUCAGAACUUUCCGGUACCUAGACCUUUCUCACUCCGGCGAUUUUAUAGGAUUGCAGUCCCAAACUGGGUCUCUUUAAUGCAAUCCCGUAUUGUGAUGCGGCCUAUAGUCACACUGGUCUCUAUCCACUACCCUUCACUGCUAUCUCCUUGACUUACCUCAAACCGUUCUUUCUUACUACCCUGCAACUUGACAAGCACAAUGGCUGCGCCCACCAUAGCACAAUGGUACCCACUUUUCGUAACCUCAGACGUGCCUGUCGAAAAAAUCAACGACGUCCUCGUCAAAUCAAUACAGGAGCGAGAAAAACACCCUAAAUCCGAACAGGAAGAAGGCCCCUGGGACAACCGCUGGGCGCUUAUCCAUGCCCGCUCCCAGACCUCCUUCCCACGGCCUGCGACUCUCGUAGAUGCCGACUUCAAGAGUGACUUCAUUGGCGCUACAGUCGAGGACCUUGGCAGAUUCGUCAAGGAGAAUUUCGGAGAGGGUAAGAUGGGGCAAGGUAGCGCGCCUGGCACUGAUUACAUUGCCUGUGAGGUUUUCGGCGUCAUUGAUGAGCGGACGAAGGAGGAUGAUACGAUACUCUUCGCUGUCGAUGAUCUGGUCAGCCCGAUUGAUGAAGCAAAGGUCCGCGUCGAAUGGCGGCGUGAUCCGACGAAGCUUGAUGAAGCGAUUGCGCGGUAUUCCACAUUUGAGGCUACAAACGACGAUCUCGAGUUGUUGCUCGGGCAUAUUGGCGAGCCUGUGGUCAAAGGGCCUGACGGGCUGGUGGAUGAAGAGGGGAAGGAGAAAUUGAGGCACUGGGAGUGUGAGGAGGAGGCCAAGACGAAGGAUGUAUGGGUUGAGUUGCGUCUUAGGACUGAUCGCGUAUGGUGGUCUGUAGGUGGGAUUUUGUACCGCGGAGGCAUGGAUUAUAUGAUUGAUCCCGGGGAUGAGUUUGACGAGAAUGGGGUUAUGAAAUCAGUGCUUCCGUGGGAGGAGGAGCGCGCUACGGUUUGAAGGUGUACUCGUGCACUGAAGAGACCAACUCGGGGAUACGAUCUUCCAG